AUGAAAAUAAAACUGCCAACCUUUCUUGGAGGAAUUAAACCAUUAAAGGCUGAAACAUGGUUGUUGGAGAUGGAGAAACUGUUUGAAGUAUUUCCCUGUUCUAAGAUUCAGAAAGUCUUAUUGGCUACCUACACUCUGAAGGACGAAGCUCGGAGAUGGUGGUUACUAGUUUGGAAUGGCAAUGAAAAUAUGUCAUGGGCUCAAUUUAAUACAAUCUUCUAUGACAAGUACUUUCCCCAGUGCUUUCGGGAUCGGAAAGUUUCAGAAUCUCAGGAACUCAAACAAGGCAGAAUGUCCGUAGCUGAGUACGAAGCUAAAUUUACUAAGUUCGCCACGUUUGCUCCUCAUAUGGUGGACACGGACUACAAGAAGGCCCGCAAAUUUGAGAGUGGGCUGGAUUUAGAUAUACUGGAUCAGGUGGGAGUUAUGAAUCUACCCACGUAUGUGAAUGUGUUGGAUAGGGCAUUAAUGGCGGAAGCUAUUUUGGCUAACAAAGAAACAAACUCUCGUCCCACGAACUGA